AUGGCAGAAUGGCAUUGUAGUGGCCUGGAGUCUGUGUGGGUAACUAUUCCUGCUAAAGCUGUCAAAACCAGGCAUAAUUUGCAUAUUGCUACAGUGUACAUCCCACCCAAUGAUCAAAUUCCAUCAAUAUUGCACAUAUUCAUGAAUCAACUCUCUGAAAUCAAAAGCCAAAACUGCAAUGAUCACUUUAUAAUUGCGGGCGACUUUAACCUGCCUAUCAUUGACUGGCAAUAUGGGGAACCAAUAAUUCUGAGGAAGGGCUCCUAG